AUGAACCGAUUGCGGUCGCCAUGGAGUGCACAGUCUCUAGUUUCCGCGCGGCGUACGUUGGACGGCGCUUCAGCGCGCUCGUCCAUCCUGCCUUCCUUCCAUGCGACGCCGUCAGAGAACAUGCGCGGGGAUGCUUUUACGUCGAGCAAUGCGUCGAGUCAUGGGGGCGAGCAUGAGCCUGUUGCACGGCCGUUUCUUGCGCUGCACCACUUGCGCAAGCUCUCGGAGCAGUGUGUCUUGGACGCGGGCGAGCCCGUUGCGCUGCAGUGCUGUGCGGGCCUGAUUGCGGUGGGGUGUGCGCAAGGGCCGACGUAUGUGUUUGACCUUGCGCAGCGCCUGCGCUGCGUCUGCAGCGCGCCGAGCGUAUGUGGACUGCAGCACCGCGUCACUGCACUGGCGCUCUCGGAAGAUGGCAGGACGCUGGGCGUGGGCCAUGCGUCGGGGCACAUUCUGCUGUACGAUGCACAGGCACAGGGCGCAUCUAUACGCCACGUUGCGCCUGUAUCCAUGGCGCAGAUCGGCGCAGGGACGUGCGAAGGGCACCUGGAAGGCGCCGCCAUCACACACCUGCACUUUGUCGGGCGUCGCAAGACGGCGAUUGUGAGUGCCGACGCCCACGGACUCUGUUUUUUUCACUCUCUUGGAAAGAUGCUGGGUAUGGCGUCAAACGAUACUCUGCGUGUUUACGGACGAUACCCACCCCAUGCCUCCGAUGCGCUGUGCGACGUCGCGACGUUGCCGGUGGGCAUGGUCGAGCAUGUAGCCGAUCAGCACAAGUUCGUGGCUCUGCUGCUGCCGCAAAAGCUGCUCCUACUUGGCCUGCAGCCGUCUGCACGCACAUGGUGCCGGAGCUAUGCAUCACGCCGAGGAAAGCACUGCGCGCUGGCCUGGUUUCCUGCCACGAGAGAUACAGAGACGCACCAUCCCAAGCUUGCGUUCGCUUUUGGCCGCGAGCUGCGCGUGCUGCACUUAAAGGCAGCGCACGUCAAGCCACGCAAUAAGCACGAUCCGAGCCCUACUGCCGUCGUGCUCUCGGAAGAAGCGCUCGCCAACGCUCCCGCGCCGAUUGUGCGCAUGCAAUGGGUGCAUCGCACGCUUCUCAUGCUUGUCACGCCCGACACUUGGCUCUUGUAUGACUUCCGGCUAGGCGCGUACACGGAAUGGCAGCCGCACGAUCCACUUGUUGUGCACGCGCGCGACACAGCGGCAUGGGAGACCCGGCUGCGUGUGUGGCACAGCAAACUGUUCAUCUUGGCGCACGGCCGUGCGUUUGUCGGGGAUUUUGUCCCAUGGGAUGCGCGGCUUACACAGCUCGCCGACGCACACGAUGACCUUGGCGCGAUCCAGCUGGCCCUACACCUUUACCACGGCCACGGCGUGGGCUCUGCGAUUGGAUUGCCCGACGACGCUGCGGCGCGGCAGCACACAAUUGCGAACCGCAUCGAGCUGCUGGAAGAAGCAGCGGCGCGCAACCUAUUUUCUGCGCGCUCAGUGCCCGAUGAAGUACGCGCGGCGCUCGCGCGGCUGUGUGCCACUGCUGCAGUCGCCACCGGCCGCUUUGACUUUUUGUUCGGCAAGCUGUAUGAUAUCUACGACGAGCACGGUGUUGAAAAUGUAUUUGUGCACGAGAUGGAGCAGUUUAUCCUGCAGGGCGAGAUGCCUACGCCCGCGCCGCGCGUGAUGCAGCGCUUGUUGGACGACUGUGCACGCCAUGGCGAGACGGCGCGUAUCAAUGCACUUCUUCUCCGUGUAGAUCCUCUGCAUCUGGAUCUGGACCAGGCACUCUCGCUCAGUCUCAAGCACAGGCUCUGGGAGGCGUACAUAUACCUUUGCACCGCUGCCUUGCGCGAUUACACUACGCCGCUCGAGGCACUGCUUCGCAGCGUGUACAGCUACCUCGAGGGCAACACUUUAGUCGGGGAUAUCUACCAAUUGUUUCACUUGCUCGCGUCGGUGGGGGCCGGCGUGCAGUAUCCUGGAGACGAUCCCAUCGACGAUGCAGCGCUUGCGAUCGAUGCCGUGUACACGCUCCUCCUUUCUCCGACGCUGCACACGUCUUUGAUGUCUACGGUGGAUAGUGUGUACCCAUACCUCUCCAUGGUCUUGCAGCUCGAUGCCGAGGCGUUUAUGGACGCAAUGGAUUUGACAUUUGAAAGCGGCUUGCUUGCAGAGCACGCCGGUACACGCAUACCCACGCGCCAGCAUAUUUGGGAUGUGCUGUACACGCUCGGUGCGUCGGACAUGUGCUCUGAAUUCAUUGCACUGUUCCUUGCGCACAACGCCGCAAAAUAUCCCCAGUUUAUCCACUUCGCCACGCACCAAAUGGCGUUUCUAUUUGCCGUGCUCACUCGCCCACACUGCACGACGCCAGAGAGCGAUCGCGAGUUUGCGCUCGAGUGUCUCUUUUCAGCACACGCCUUCACUUUUGAAAAGGAACAGCUGGAUACAUUGUACGCUGCACGCUUGUGGCGCGUUUACGAGUACGGCCUGCGGAAAGCAAACGAUUUUUGCGCGCUGUUUGCCUUUUAUCUUGCAAAUAUCGACGAUGCUCAGCACUCGCCGGGGCAGCUCUACGCGCGUGUGGCAGCCAUGUUUGCUUUGCAAGGCAUGAAAAGCGCCGCGGCACAGCAGCGCUUGGUCCCGGUGUUGUUUGCAGAAAAAGAAAACGUACCAGACGCACUGCUCGGCGAUCUUGCACGUGUCGUGAUACGCUUUUUUCCAGACGCGCAAAAAGACAUGGUGGCCGCACUGGCUGCAGAACCGAUGCGUCAGUACCUGUUCCUUGUCCCCUACUUUCCGUUGGACGCCAAGCGUGCACACACCUCUACAAAAGCCAUGCGCCGCGCAUGGAUCGAGCGCUCCAUCGAGUUUUGUCCGUGCCGUGUAAUCGCAUUCCUCGAUGCAUAUCCCCCGGACUUUUUCGAGCUGGAGCAUGUAUUGCGCACUGCGCAGACGCACAACACAUUCGACGUGAUUGUGUAUGUGCAUGCACGCAUGGGCGACGAAAGCGCCGCGAUGGCAGUCGUCGAUGCACAGGCUGCUCUGCACGCCGCAGCAUUGCUCGACGCAAUCGACAAAGGCCAGGACCGGCUGGAAGACAGCUCGGCAGAGCGCGUGAUGCAUUCCGGCCGCGAAACGACGCAUGACCUGCAAAUCCUCUUUCGCGUUGCCGUGCGAAUCGCCCUGGAGCGCUCCACAGGCAGCAUGGCGGACCGCGCCGAGGCGUGCGAAUUAUGGUACCGCGUCCUCCACGCGCUCAUGCAGUUCCUUCAUACCCUGCUACAGCCCAGUGGCAACGGCGUUCAUAUUUUGCACGCGCUGGGCCCGGGGCCUUUGCUUGCACACGCACUGCACGCUGGCCAUGAAAUGACCCAGGAAGCGCUCGGCGUUAUGCUCGCGUCUGUGCCUUCUGAAACGGUCUCUUUUCCGGAUCUUUUCAGCCGCCUGGCCAGUCAGCAGUCCGUAUCGUACUCCGAGAUCCGUAUCGUGCUUGACGGAAUGCUCUCCGCGUACCGGUUGCGCUGUGAGGUCCUGUCGUUGGGCGCGCGCCUCAACGAAGCAGACGCCGUGCGUCUCUUCCACGCGCUUGCAAAAGAGCGUGGCCUCGGCUGGCUAUUUCCCAAGCACAUACACUUGUGUGCUGCGUGCAAUCAGCACGCUUCGCAGCCGUCGCCCACCGCUCCCCGUGAUCUACCGCCGCUCCUCACCCUCAGCCGCACGGGCCAACUGUACCACGCAGCAUGCCUUCACACCUCGGUCGCGUGA